AUGAAUUCAUCCAAUCACGUGAUAUACGUAUUGUUCGGAUCCGGCUAUCUAAAGGGGUAUUUUAUUCCUUUGAUUAAUGUGAGAGGGGCGAGAUGGUCAAGUGGUCCAGAGCGCGAAUUUACUGACCGGAAGGUCCGUGGUUCGAACCCGACCUCCGCCUCUCGACUUCCCCUGUCUAGGCUUGGGCAACCUGGCAGUAUCUCAGCCCUUGUGGUUCCUUCGGGUGACACGGCAACUAGGCACCGAAUGGGUGCUACAGUUGAACAAUUAUUAUUUAUUAAGAUAUGGGACGAGAAGCGUCGAGUCAAGGAUGUUCGAUCCGGAUUGGCUGGCAUUCUGACCAAUCAGGGCAUGCCUUCGUUUGCCUGUGUCCUGCAUGUGGCAUAUCCGUCGGAAUGUGAUGUUCGGUUAUUAGGGACGUGGUUCGACCACGUGCUACGCAGUUCCAGGCAUCUCUCGUUCGAAAUGGCGCUAACAGCAAGGUGGGCAACGCAUGACUUGGAAGAAGGCUAUGAAAGGGAUAACAGAACGUUUGGCCGUUGCUGGAGCUGCCCGACUUCCAGGAAGGGGGCACCGUAA